CGGAAGCUAGCUAAACUUCCGGCUAGAAUUGUGUUUCGCGCAUCCAUAAAUAUUUUACUUUCAUGUACAGGAGGCUUCCUCGUCAGUAGCAAACUGUUGCGUACCAUCUGAAGCGGAGUACAGACGCUGUGAGUGGGUCAUCAGGCAGUCUCAUGUCAGGCCGAAACGGGUCUGCCACUGAUUCAGACUGUCGGAUCUCUGAGGACUGCAGUGUCCCAGAUGUUGAGCUGAUGGAGCUCGGGCCACUGCUGGAGGAGGGAGGGGGCCGGCAGGGGCAAUCCAAAAGUGUCCAUUCAGAGGGAGCAGCAAUGCUUACUGAUGAUGAUGAUGAGGAAGAUGAUGAGGUGGGAGAGGUUCUGACUUUACCUCUUCAGGCUCACCAUGCCAUGGAGAAAAUGGAGGAGUUUGUACACAAGGUUUGGGAGGGACGCUGGAGGGUCAUUCCUUUUCAUGUCCUGCCAGACUGGCUGAAGGACAAUGAUUACCUCCUGCAUGGGCAUCGUCCUCCUAUGCCCUCCUUCAGAGCCUGCUUUGGAAGCAUCUUCAGAAUUCACACUGAGACGGGAAACAUCUGGACUCACCUGCUAGGCUGGAUCUUAUUCGUCUGUUUGGGCACUUUAACGAUGUUGCGCCCCAACAUGUAUUUUAUGGCACCGCUGCAGGAGAAAGUUGUGUUUGGGAUGUUCUUCCUGGGAGCCGUCCUCUGCCUCAGCUUCUCCUGGCUCUUUCAUACCGUCUACUGCCACUCAGAAAAAGUGUCUCGCACGUUCUCCAAGCUUGACUACUCGGGCAUUGCACUUCUAAUCAUGGGUUCCUUCGUGCCCUGGCUGUACUACUCGUUCUACUGUUCCCCUCAGCCUCGACUUAUCUACCUCACCAUUGUAUGUGUUCUUGGCAUUGCUGCCAUCGUAGUUGCCCAGUGGGACCGAUUCUCAACACCUCGUCACAGACCUACAAGAGCAGGUGUAUUUAUGGGUCUUGGACUGAGCGGUAUUGUCCCCACCAUGCACUUCACCAUCGAGGAGGGCUUUGUAAAGGCCACCACCGUGGGACAGAUGGGUUGGUUUUAUCUGAUGGGUGCCAUGUACAUCACUGGUGCCGGUUUGUACGCUGCAAGGAUCCCUGAACGCUUUUUUCCUGGAAAGUGUGACAUUUGGUUCCAUUCUCAUCAAAUAUUUCAUGUCCUGGUCGUGGCAGCAGCGUUCAUUCACUUCUACGGGGUUUCCAACCUGCAGGAGUUUCGCUACGGCCUUGAGGGAGGAUGCACAGAUGACUCUUUACUCUGAAAACCCCAACUGUGACUCGCUUAUCUUUACACCUUAAACACA